CAAUCAUGGCGCGAUAAAAGGAGCGGAUAGAUGCAUAUUUCCUAUGCGCAAACAAGAAAUCGUGAUAUAUAAGCUGAUCUGGAAUAUUCUUGUGAUUUCCCUGUGCGCAGCAGUUGCGCAAUCGACAUGAAGGAUACAACCGCAACAGUUCACACACCAAGGAUUCGGCGCAAACCAAAUGGCUGACCAUCGCCUUAAUGACCUGCUCUAUGGGCACCUUGGAGAAGCAAUCUAUGAUCGAGAUACCCAGACAUGGCACUUUUCUCGACAGCUGGGUCGGAGAAAUAUUCUCCAUCCAGUUGGCACUUCUACAGUUCCUAUACCACCAUCGCAGCUCCUGACGGAGCAUGAAUCUUUGCAAGGAAAACGGACGAAGAAGAAGCGCGAAGCACUCAAUCUGAGCAAAAUUCAUCCGGAAAUCGUUCCUGGGCUCGAACUCCUUGCGCCACUUGCCAAGAUUUCAGAGGUCGCUUCCACGGUCACCGAUACUUACGAGCCUACUUCGGCCGAGCUGCUUGCCAUUGGGACAGCAGAGGAUGUUGAUAAUCAGAAAUCAGGCACCAGUACAGUAUCCAUUGCCGCAGUGGCCGGAGGCGAGCUGGGCGAAACUGUGAUACUUGUGCAUCUUCGAAAAGAACAACUAGGUUGGAAAGGAUACAAAGGAACUAGAUUAAGCGUCCAAACGUUUGGGGACGGCGAGAAAGCGCCAUGGCAAGGCGAUUCGGGUCCUGUCAGACAGAUAUGCUUUGCUGAAAGUGACGGAGAAGGCGCGGGAUGGCUAGCUGUGCGCUUUAAUACUUAUACUGCAAUUCUGCGUCCGGCUUUUCGUCGAAAAUUCAGCGCGUCGUUUGCCUUUGAUCCCUCGGUUCCUUCGGCAAAUCACCGUCGUACUCAGAUUGACCCAAACCCUAUUUUGACCUUGCAAUGCGGCGAGACGGGCGGAGCUCCCCAUGCAGAUGUAACGUUCAAUCCAUGGUAUCAGCGGCAAUUUGCGGUGAUAGAUCAGGAAGGGAACUGGAGCAUAUGGAACGCAGAAGGAAGGUUUUGGAAGAGAAGGACGUUCCGUGGCGAUGCGGGGAAAAAGGGAAACAUUUUCGAAGGUCUCGACGAGAAGAAGUUACUCCCCAAUAUGAAGCAGACUGAUGGCUGGGCGAGAAUAUGCUGGGCAGCAAACGUCAAAACUAUAGCCAUGUGCACUCGGAGACACUUUGCGGUGUUCAAUCUCGCGGAGCAACCAGUUCGAUUAAAUUGUCCAGAGCUCGGCAUGAUUCGUUCGACCAGUUGGUUUCUGGACAUGAAACGAAGUCCUGCAAAUGGAAGCCAUGUCUUCGUUCUAACGUCCACUCAUCUGUAUUGGCUAGACGUUUCUGGUCCGGAAGAUGCCUUUGAUGAGGAUCAAGGUCGUAGCGCGGUUAAGAUAUUGAUGUCAUGGAGACAUUAUCGCAGUCAAGACGAUACAAGUUUGCAAAUGCAUCUUUCGAAAGUCGAAGAAGGAGACGGCACGUCUAUACUCAUAUACUCGCGGCUCAAUGAUUUAAUAUCUGUUUUCCAGUUCGCUAUGCCGUCCGAUCCUCCAUCGCUACCCACUUCGAUUGCCGAUCCGUAUAUCCUAAAGCUGCCUCCAACCCUCCUAAGCACUGCUACCCAAGAUGAUCGCUCACACGCUUGCAACAUUCUCACGCUCACCCUGCGGCCCCUCGACUACGUUCUCGCUCACGGAGCUUUACCUGCCGGUCCAGGAAACACAUAUCAAGAGCAAGGUAUCAGGUUCUUUCAGCUUACCGUACUUUGCAACGACUUGAGCGUGCACGAGGCCUUGUAUUAUCGCAGGCAUGACGAGGGAAAGGGGGAAGAUGAUCAUGCACGGAGCGUUCUCGUAGAGGAACCGACGAUAAGGAGCAAAGUCGAUAAAACUUUAAAAAGUUCUAAUCGGAUUGAUGAUGAUUUCAUUGUAGCCGAUGAUGAGAUCGAGCUUGCAGAAACAUCAUCCAGGCGCAGCCGAGAGGGUUAUUAUGGACGUAAGGGGCGGACCAAUAAAGCCAUUGGAUUGUCCGACGACGAAGAUGAAGAUGGUCUUACCGUGGAAGACCCCUACACCGUGCCUUUCGAGCGAGUCUACGAUAUGGCUUUCAGGGAUGCUAUACAAGUUCGCGAGGGAAGCGUCAGUGAGGAUCCCGAAUUUAGUGACUAUUUGCACACGCUUCGUGAGGCUUUCGACGCGAAGAUUGAAGCUGGCGAAAGUCCAAUUGUGUCUCUCCUAGAACUUGGCCCCUCUAGACCCCGUGUGGAUGAUAUUGAUCAAGCUUCUACCGACAUUGACGAGCUGCUCAAGUGGCUUUGGGAACGCGAAUUGAAAGAAAGUGGUCCUGGCGAGAACAGACUGGCAAUUACCCAACUUGCCGUGUCAGAUCUGUUCCCAUUGCAGCCAAGCACGAAGCCAGGAAAAGUUUCCUCGGAGGGGUUGCCGUCGUCAUUAGUUUCAUCAUUUCCAUCCAAUUCUCUCUCCGCCAUCUACGACUACCUGAUUAGCCUUUGGUUAGCCCCGUUACCGAAUACAGUGCCUGGGAGGACUCGUCUCGCAAAGGAGCGUGUUGUACGAAAGGCCGCAGCCGAAUUAUUCCUUGCCAGUAUCGGUCUCAGGGUGAUCCGCAAUAGUGCUCCUUCAGUGGGUGACGCCACUCAAAGUCAGGCAUCCCGUUCUCUUACAGGACCAACGACCGCCGAACCUAGCCUUCCCGGGGAAUACAAUCUGGCGGUACGGGGUCGUUAUCAUGACCACGACGAACUGGACGAUUCUCCAAGCAAAAGAAGAGGCCGACAAAACAGCGCAGACGCAAGGAAUUCCGCUAGACGCGGACCGCGAUCUCCCCUUGGCCGAGCAGCCGUGGAGCCGUCUUCAGAAGUCCCAAUGGACCAGGGCUUUCAACUCACAAAUCCCAGUACGCAAUUCUCACAGCAUGCUCAAACGCCGCAGGAUGGGGCUACUACUACACCAUCAGCUCUCAACGCAGCAGCAGACCUUCCACCUAGUUCGCCUCCAGUGCAGCCUGCAACCGCUGUAGGAGAUGAGACCACGUUUCCAUCAUCACCUCUUGCUCCUCCACCACAGGCUUCUCAACAACUUCCUCCCUUGCAAGAGUCUAAUCAGGCAGAUCACGUAGGCGCCGCAAGUGGGCCAUCGCGCCUAAAUAGACGUGGCAGUAGCCCAAUUCGUGGCCGCGGCCGCAGUCGAAGUCGAAGUGGUAGUAUCAGCAGCCGCACGCCUUCUCGCCGUCGUAGCAUCAGCACCAGCAAAGGCAAGGGUAAAGCCGUGUCUCGAUCCAUCUCCCGCUCGACCCGCGGCUAUACGACCGCAACGUCCACAGACGACGACUUUAGCCAAGACGAGGAAGACCUCGCGUCCUUUCGGCUACGGCAAUAUGUCCCAGUGGCUCCGCAGCCACCGUUACCUCGGUCCAUGAGUCAGAUCCUCUCUCAAUGGACAAUUGGUGAAGACCCCGACAACUUCGAUUGGGAAGCUUCUCAAUUACGUGGAACUUUGGGGCUGGCCUCGCAGUCCAUGUCACAGUCUCAAGGUCUCUUCACACCAUACAGUGGAGACGAUGGCGAUUUCAGUCAGAGAGCUGGACUCGCAUCAGAAGCUAGCAUGGCAACUGGUGCCGGAGGUAUUCCUGCGGAUUUGGCACAUCUUAGCCCCGAAAAAGCAGCUCGCGAACUACGACAUCGUCGUCGUCGCGAAGAGCGCGACCGCCGUCGAUUAGAACGACAUGAACGACGGCAACGCAUGCUGACGGCUCGCGAGAAUCAAAGACGAGAACAAGGCAGUCUUUUCUUUUCGGAACCGGGGUACAUGUCUGGCGUUUUGCCCUCAGAUGGGUUGGAUGAUCCUUUGCAAAGUAGCGCCUUGAGACCUGGACCCAGAAGAGAAAGUCGCGGAGAGCGAGAGGUCGCCGGUCCUGUGGAAGAUGCUAUUCCCGAGGAAGAUGAAAUGGAGCAUGAAAUCCCAGAUGCCUCGCAAAGAGGUCCCAGAGCAGCCCAGCGUGCGCCAAGGACUCCGGCUGCCCGAGUCAGUGGCCGGUCUGACUUGGGAACUGGCUUUGAGGAUAGAGAAGCAACAGCAACAGCAGCAACAGCAGCAGCAUCGGGUUCAGGUCCAGCAGUUAAUCAUCCUCCUCCUACGCCUUUUACAGGGUUCCCUCCGUCCUCGCCUCUUCGCCAGACCACCAGAUCUCAAUUUGCAACCGCCGGUCGACCUGCACCAGCUGCUGCCGAAUUCCAGGGGUUUCUUGACCAGUCUCAGCAUCGUCGUUCCUCUUUUGAUGCCCUUGCAGGCAUGAACGAUAUGCCCAUGACGCAGAUUGAGCGUGGUGCGUUUGGUGCAAGAACGCCUGCUGCAGCGACAGCCGCGGGUGCGCAUACCCCUGCGUCGGGAAGAAGGACGGGCGGCAAGAGGAAGAGGCCGAGAAUGGCAGGAUUUUAGUUUCUUUCUUCCCUUCCUUCCUUCUUAUUUUUAUUUGUAUUUGUAUUUUUUAUAGUAAUUUUUGAAUGGAUCAUUGUCAUUGAAUUGGGCCACUUUGUUUAUUUCCCUUCAUGACUUUGUUUAUAGUCUUCUAUUGGAAUUGUAUUGCGUUGAUAGAAGCUUUGUGGGGU